CGUAGACGAGGUAGAUUCAUAUGCCAUUCACCUCAAACGGCUCAUUGAAGGGUUGGGCUUGUGACCUAUAGCCGUAACCGCUGUUGGUACGGGCCAUGCUGAUAGGAUCAUUAUCGAUGCAAUGCUUUCACGUUAUUGCUAACUAGUCUCUCGUCAAACACCAAAACUUGAUUUUGUUAAGCGAUCGGAAUCAAGAUAUUACAUUAGUUGGGGCAAUCCGACAAGCUGCCAAGCCAAACCGCGGCUGGCUUGUUUGUAGGCUCAUGAGUGACAUCACUAGUGGAACAAUACGAUUCAGCUCUCCCUUACUACAUAUACCUAAUCACCUCGGUCUCCCCCUUGCAGACUAUGUAGAACAGACAACCCCAAAGUUUUAUCUUAUUUUUUAGGAAACAAGGAAUAAAAGAUACGCCGUAAUCACCGUUGCGUAUUUAGAAGCCCCGACUUAUAUCUCAGACUGAGAACUUUACUGAGGCCUUGGCAUCGUUUUCGUCAUUCGAAAUGGACUUUGUUAACAAGUUGACUGGUGGAAACUCCAAAAGCGAAGACACCAAUAAGGAGCAGACCUCGUCUUCGGGUGGGAUCAUGGAUAAAUUGAACUCUGUCGCCGGAGGCGGCAGGGAGAGCGAGAAGAAUGAGGAUGCGCUUGACAAAGGUGUCGACUGGGUACAAGAGAACGUCCUCGGCCAGGGCGAUCAGAGCAACGAAAGUGCCGUCGAACAGGCGAAGGACGAGCAAAUCUCUGAUUUCAUACGCGAUCAGUAUAAGAAGACUACGGGCACGGAUUUCCCUAUUAAGGAUAAGGAACGAUUCUAAGGUGCGUGGUGUAGUGUGUUUGGGUAAUGAGGAGAUAGUAGCGUGAAGGGAGAUUAUGAAAUGAGUGGGUUGCGUGUGGUGGAAAUAUGAAUUUGGUCGCUCGAGUCCUGGGAGAAGUUUUAUAGAGAUUGCCGGCAGGACUUGGGACUGGGUGUGAUUAUGAUGCAAUACUAUAUAUAAUAUGACUGUUAAGUUCUGUGCGGAUUCCCUUCCUCUGUCUUUGGUAUCUGACUUUGCCCCUAUCUACACUUAGAUCAGUGCCUCGUGUGAAAUUGGAAAGUACCUAUGGCAUGAUAUCAGUUGUUAGGCAGAGGCUUUGAUAAGGGAGGUUGCCCGCCCGGCGUGCAAUUAACGCGAUUUCUGCCAUCUUUCGAGCAAAGACUUCCUUGCUUCUGUAGCAUGAGGAUAUAUCUAGUGGCCUAGCAUGUCCGUUAAAUGAUAACACAUAAUCUCUAACGAAAGUAUGUUAUAAAAGCUGCCUUCCUCAAAC